UGCACUGCGCAUGCCCCGGCCACCAUUUUGCCGUGUAGUGUUGUGUCGGGGGCUCGUUCUCCGGGGCGGGGGAGGCUGUGGAAUCAGGGCCCGGAGGUUACUGCGGGAAGGCAGGAGCACUCGAGUAAUUCAUUCCGGCAUCACAUCCAUUGAACCGGCAGAUCAGCGCGAGGACAGCGUGUGAGCAGACAUGGCCAAUAUCGCCGCGCAGAGGAUCAAGAGGGAGUUCAAAGAAGUGCUAAAAAGCGAGGAGACUAGCAAAAACCAAAUCAAAGUAGACCUAGUAGAUGAGAACUUCUCGGAGCUGCGAGGCGAAAUUGCUGGCCCCCCAGACACACCGUAUGAAGGUGGGCGGUAUCAAUUAGAAAUAAAAAUCCCAGAAACAUACCCUUUUAAUCCACCAAAGGUGCGGUUUAUUACUAAAAUUUGGCAUCCAAAUAUUAGUUCGGUUACAGGAGCCAUAUGUUUGGAUAUAUUGAAGGAUCAAUGGGCAGCGGCUAUGACAUUAAGAACAGUGUUGUUAUCAUUGCAAGCUUUGUUGGCUGCAGCAGAACCAGAUGACCCACAGGACGCGGUGGUGGCUAAUCAGUACAAGCAAAAUCCAGAAAUGUUUAAACAGACAGCUCGGCUGUGGGCACAUGUAUAUGCAGGCGCACCAGUCACUAGUCCAGAAUACACACGGAAAAUAGAAAAUCUUUGCGCUAUGGGCUUUGAUAGAAACGCAGUAAUAGCUGCUUUGUCAUCAAAGGCAUGGGAUGUAGAGACUGCAACAGAACUUCUGCUGAGUAACUGAGAGAAAUCAUCUGGCCCCCGCUCGCCCCUUCCCAAGAGCUCGACAUCUGUUAUUUUUAAGAUUCUGCAUAAAAAAGGAAAAAAAAACACACACAAAAAAAAACGCACUCCUGCGUGACAAUGCUGUUUAGGCCAUACUGGAGACUGAUGGGGGUGGGAACUGCUCUGUAAAUAAAGCUAAUUAAACCCGUAAAUUAAAUGACAACCAAACAGAGGGGAGGGGUAGGAGUAUCAUUUUUUUUCUUAACUAUUGUGAAAAAAAAAUAUCUUUGAGCUGAACCAAUGGAAAAAAUGCAUUUGCUUUACCAUGUGACCAAGAGCAGCACGAUGCCCUGGAUAUUUUUUAUUUUUUUUCCCCCCUGUUUAAUCUCUUGUACCAGAGGGGACAUGCCAGCAGGCUCAUUUUUUGGGGUUCUAGGCCAUCAUUUUGCCAGUCACUGUCUACCGUACUGCUAGUACCAGCCAUCCUUUGUGUCUGUGGACUUGCAUGCAUGCACAACAUUGGGUUACAUUAAUUCGUCCAGACUCUCCAUUUGUAAUAUAUUUGGUACUUGUUUUUGCCUUUUUUUUUUUUUUUUUCCCCCUCCCCCAGGGUACUGGAGACAUGACAAAAUAAGGUUUCCAUAAAGCAGGCAUAGACACGUUGUGGUGUACCAGGCGUUACUUGGGCGAGAGAGAGAUGCUUACGUCUGUUACGCACUCUAUACUAUUGGGGUUGUUUUAGUUUCCACACAAUGAUAUAUUUUGGAAAAAACGAAGAAAAAGAUAAAGGAAGGAGCCAAUCAAUGAGGGAGCAAAUGAGAAUUUUGCAGCCACAUUGCUGGGACCUUUCAAGCCAGUGUAAGCCACAUGUUUUUUUUAUUUUUUUUUUUUUUUUUCAGGCAAUGUCUACCUUUGCAACCAGUUUUAUUCUGGUUUUCCAUCUAAAAAUAAAAUAAAAAUUAAGAACUUUGCAAAUAGUCUUGAUUAAAAAAAAUUUACCACUUUGUGUCUACAGCUUCCAUGCAGACCUGGGUGUCUCCGCGAUUAGUCUGAUCCGGCCGACGUACUCCAUUCCAUCCGCCCCCUGUCUAAUACAUACCUUUUCUUAGGUUAGUAAGAAGUAGUUACAAGUGGAUGGGACUAUUACUAAUCAGAUUUACAUGGCUCUGCAUGGAAGCUGUAGAUGAAUUGACCCAACUGAUUUAUGAAAAUCUAUGAGUAGCUUCAGCGUGACCUGAUCCUUGGAGCUCUUCAGUACAUGCUGGAGAUUGCUGAAAUUCAUGAGCGCCCGGCACUCUCUGUUGCCAAUUGACCUUUUUUCCGCCUUUAGCAAUCGGUGGGGGUAGCUGGUGUAGUGGUUUAAUUUUUCUCAAAUCCCAGACAACCCCUUUAACUGCAUGGUGUGGUUAGUGCCUAGUAACAACGGAUGCAAUUGAGAGUAGUACAAGAAAAGCAUGCUGUGGGUCAUAGGAGGUAAAGCUCUGGAUGCUAUAGGCCAGUGAGGGUGAAGCUUUUAGAGGCCGAGCGCCCAAACUGCAACUCAAAACCCACUUAUUUAUCGCAAAGUGCCAACACAGCAACUUAACCUGAAUAUUACAGUCCAGUAAAGUGUAUCUUCCAUGUACUUUAUCAUUUAGCUAUUAAAGCCUGCCUACAUUCAGUGCACUGCCUGUGCUGUUCAUAGUGCGUCCUGCGCUGAUGAAUGGCAGGAAACGUCUAAGGCCUAUUGGUACACCAUAGACUUUUUCCAGAGAUGGCUGAAUGCCGCCACCACUGCUAUAGGCAAUAUUACUUCGCCCUGCAUUAGUUCAGUGAUCUCUAGUAUGGUGAAACCAUUCACUUGUUUACAUCCAGAUCAAACACUAAUCUCAGAACUUUCCAUGAAGCCUGUACCAUAAGCCCAUGUUCUGCAUAUAAACUGUUCAUAGGUUGCAGAUCAACCUAUUGGAGA